UAUGACAUGACAACGGAGUAAAUUGUCAUGACCGCGGUGUUUGGUCAUUUCCUUUUUUAGACUGCCUCAAUGUUCGCUUAAAUAUUCUUCAUUUUACCUUGACUUCUUCUCUCCACUCUGCCGCCCAUUUUUCAAGCAGUUUCACAUGUAACGAACAUUACAUGUGAGUCGAAAAUGUGCUCCCUUUUUAAUUUUAACUCAACUGUAGUUCUAAGUCAAUUAGGCUGAUUAGUAUCAAGUGGCUAUCGAACCAUUUGCCUAAAAACCUAAAAACGCUGUUCACACAAUCCGUCUACCAAUUUGAGGAACCUUCAAAAUGGUCAAAACCAAUGUCAUUUGUUAAAGUGAUAUACCUAUCAUUAUCUGAAACUUGGUGAGGAAAACUAUGAUUCUUAUUCGUGGGAAUCGUUUUGUGAGGCGUCUUUCACUUUAUCGCUGCAAGUUAUGUAUGGCAAUAUACGUGGUGGUAGCAGUUUUCUUCAUCAUAGCCAGUUUGCCGAAUCUUCCGCCUCGGGUCGUUUACACUCAUCCUGAUGAACUUACUGAUAAGGAGCUCUGUAGCCAACCAGGAAGCAAAGUCUGUUGCCCGAAAAGUGAAGAGCUUGAUCUAACCCAAUAUAGCUCAGAUACUCCCACAGAUUUUCUGGACUUGUUAUAUGAAGCUCAGCAUGUUUGUGAGGGGAGUUGGAAACCGCAAUGUGUGUCUUCACAAAAAAUAGCUGUCAUUAUACCCUAUAGGGAACGAGAAAAGCACCUUAAGUUAUUAUUGCCAAGACUACAUGCUUUGUUGCUACGACAAAAUAUGCCGUAUUAUGUUUUUGUGAUUGAGCAGGCUGGAACCACUCCUUUCAAUCGUGGACUACUAUUUAAUGUUGGAGUUUUGCAUGCACUGGAUAUUGAUCCAGAUAUUAAUUGUUUUAUCUUUCAUGAUGUUGAUCAUUUACCUGAGAAAAGUGAAAAUUUUUAUAUUUGUGAUACAGAAUUAAGACAUUUAUCACCUGCUGUUGAUGACUUCCGAUAUCAUCCACCAUUUGUAAACUUUGCAGGAGGUGUUGCUGCUAUGUCUAAAGAGAAUAUUUUCAAGAUCAAUGGAUUUCCAACACGUCAUUGGGGUUGGGGUAGUGAAGAUGAUGAAUUUUCAGCACGUGGUUUAAUUUAUAAUUUAAAAUUAACUAGACCACCAGAAUAUAUUGGACGUUAUAAAACACCAAGACAUAAAAAACAUUCUAUAUCUAUAAAACAUCAAAGUGAAUUUAUUAAAUUUCGUAAUUAUUUACAUGAUGGUUUAUCUAUAUUAAUACAAAAAAAUUUUUAUCAAACAUGGAAAUUAGAAUCUAUUCAUAAAAAAAUCAAUAAAAUUGUAUUCAAUCAUCAUCAUCAUCAUAAUUAUAAUAUUGAAACAUUUAAAAUUCCUUCAUUUUUAAGGAAUGUACGCGCCAAAAUAUUUUUAAACAAUUAAAUAUUACUAAUGAUUCUUCUAUUGAAAUUAUUCAUAAUUUAAAACAAAUUUCAUUAGAUAAUAUUCAAUUAUUAAAUUAUUUUUCACGUGAUGAUUUAUUUAUACAUUUUAUAUUUGAUCCAAUAGAUUUAUAUAAACAAUAUAAAAGUUUAAUAAAACCUAAAGGUAAUCAUACUGAUGAAUCUUUAUGGUGGUUUCUACAUUUCUAUGGAUGGAUAUAAUAUAUAUCUGCUAUAGGAUAUAUAUAUAUAUAUACUUUUUGCUUGUACCAUAUAUAUUUUGAUUACGUAAUAGAUAAAUCACCUUCAAAAUGGAGUUGUAUUUUGCAGUUAACAACCGAAGCAAACUCUCGAUUUAUAUAUAUAUAUAUAUAUAUAUAUAUAUAUAUAUAUAUAUACAGAUGUAGACAUUUUGCUUGUACCAUACUUAUUUUGAUUAUUUCCCCCCCCCCAAAAAAAAACAAAACAGAAAUAUGUAUGUAUGUAUGUACGAAAAUCAAUAAGAUGGAAAAUAGUAGUUGGGUAUAUCUUGUACAAAGUUCUUAUUAUUCCUUUAUAUUGUUCUUAUUUUAUUUACAAAUAAUUAACUUUAUGUGUACAUAUUCUUUAUAUCUAUAUAUAUACUCAUAAUUAUUAUUAUUAUAAUUUUCAAACUGUAUACCGGUGGUUUUGUCUAUAUUGAAUAAUUAGCAAAGAAGAAGUUCUAAUGUGAUAUACAAUGUAUGUUAAGUAUAAGUGUAUAUUCAUGUUUAUUCAUUAGAUGACUUCUUUUUUUUCUUUUUUAUUAUUUUGAUGUAAAUUAUAUAUAAAGAAUAGAAUAUAAAUGGUUUGUAAAGUGUAUGUCUCUUUUGUUUGUUUGUUGCUUACUUAUUUCAUUUUUGAUUUGUUGAACUGGUUUUAUUGUUUUAUGUAAUGUUCAAUCCUGAUAAUGAUAAAAUAACUUUCUAUUCACAAGUUUAAUCACUUACUUAAAUGAGAAGAAUGUUUGGUCAAUUGUAAGGGUGUAUCAUUUUUCCACUAUCUAGUAUGUUCACUGUACCAGGUCAUGAUGUUUAGUAACCAUUGUAAUUUGAGUGUUGGUUGAAAAAUUGAAAGUUUUGAUAGUUAGUUGUGUAGAUUAGUUCAAUUAUGAAAUGAAUCAUUGGAAACUUUGAAAGCACUGACUAUCUCAUUUUUAAUUCAAUCUACACCCACGAGCUAGUUAAGAAUUAAAACGAGGACAUUCAGGUAUCAUAGAAACCACAUUUCUCUA